CAACUGCCCCCAGGCUCCUCCAUCAUCGAAAGUGACUGCGAGUUUGUGACGGGUCCCCAGUCGGCGUUCUUUUUGCAAACCUUCAUCCGCCACCACAAAAAUAUCACAAAACCAGAACCAGUCGCUUUCUCCCCUCUCUCACUCUGUGCAUCCAGUCAGUCAUCAUCCAUCCAUCGCCAGACAAGAUCCAUCGCCAAAAUCCCCCGUCUACAGUCCACACAACAAAACUUUAAAGUCCACCCACGUCUUUUCCUCCAACCCAAGCCUUCCCCGUUCCUUCUUACCUCCACCUCUCACGUCUCUGCGCCAAACUUAUUCGGCUUUUUCUCUUUCUUUUUCUGAUCUCUCUGGUCCCACGUCCGCAUCCCGCAUCCCGCAUCCCCCUUGAUGUCGGAACAGUCGCCCGAAAUUGUGGCCGCCGCCAGUCUGAGUCCCCUUUCGCCCAAGCCCAUCUCUGUCCAGAUCCAGAGCAAUUCUGUGGUGCCCAUGCUCCAGGACCAAGCAGCUACCGCUGACACAGCCAUGUCCGGCAUCAUCGUGGAUCCCGGUCUAGAGACUCCGGAUGCCCCUGCGCCAGUCUCCGAUACUAUCGUAGUGGUCGGUGACUCGUCGGACUUCCACGAUGAUAGCGACGGCAGCAUUGACUACGGUGAAGAGGACGAGGCCGCCGAGAAGCCCUCUGCCACCUCUGACGGUGCUGCCGAUGCUCCUCCCGACAAUGAUGAGUAUGCAAGAAGCUUUGAUUCGCCUGUCGACCCCCAGAGCUCGAGUAGCGAGGCUGGCGCUGGCGAGCCUCAGCCUGAUGUAUCAGAGGAGGCUGCCGCUUCCAAUUCCAUGAAUGACCAAGUCACAUCUGCACCUGCUCAAGCUCCAGCUCCAGCUGUCAUUGCCCAUCAUGAAGAUCGCCUUCCUCCACCCGCAUCGUCGACAGCAACCCAGCCUAAUGUCAACAGCUGGCCAACGCUCACAUCCAUUGAGAAUGAGCCACCUUCCCAGUCCAGCGGCCCCGAAACUUCCAGUCCAUCAGACGCACCGACGUCCACCCCCAACAACAAGUCCGCUGCUGCAUCUGCUGAGGCCGCUGACAUCCAAAAGCUGGUAGACGACAUCACUGCUCGAGCCACUGCUACUGUCACGUCUGCAGAUACCCCAACAUCCGUAUCCGCCCCUUUGAUUUCAGGCCCCCUUCCCCCAUCACUGCCCCCCAAGCCAUUAUUAUCGGCUCAACCACAUGCCUAUCAGCCACGUGGUCCCAAUCCCACGCACAACCACAACCACCCGUUAGGACCUUAUAGACAUUCACUUGACUCCAUGGAGCCACCAGCCUCGGUUCCUGGAGCGGCUGGCGCCGGUUACGCAGCCUCCUUCUCCAACCAUGCCUGGGAUACCUUCGUGAACGACGAGAGGACGUAUACCUCGGAACAAAACUGGGAUAGGUUCCCCGAAGGCGCCCGUAUCUUUGUCGGCAAUCUCUCCAGCGAUCGGGUAUCAAAGAAGGAGGUGUUCGCCGUGUUCAGCAAGUACGGCAGACUAGCGCAGAUUUCCAUGAAGAGCGCCUAUGGUUUUGUGCAGUAUCACAACGUUUCUGAAGCCCAGGCCGCACUGGAGGCAUGUCAGGACAUGGAGCUUGGUGGCCGCCGUAUUCACCUCGAAAUAUCCCGUCGUCAAAAGAAAAAGGGUGGAGAUGACAGAGGGCACUCGCCAGAUCGACGCGGUGGUCCUCGUGGCAUGGCAAAUGACAGGCUCGACUUGAACAACCAGCCGAGAGACCCUGGUUGGAAGAGAACCAAUGACCACCGCCGCUCCGCCUCGCCCCGCCGAGACGACCCUCGCGGCUUCUAUUCUCGAGAUCGCGACAACGGUCCAAUGUCACACGACCGUCGCCGGUCCCGGUCGCCCCGGCGCAGCCGUUUUGGCAGUGAAUCCUACAGACGAAGAAGUCCCAGUCCACAUCGCCGCACCCCAUCGGAUGUAGACCGCCUCGACAUCCCUCGCCGCUACGGCAACGAUGUUCCAGACGUCCAGAUCCUGCUCCUCCAAGAUCUGGACCGGCCCUUUGUUGACUGGGUACAGAACGCUCUCCAUGCCCAUGGCCUCAAGACAGCCGUGAUGCAUCUCAACCCUCGCUUUCCCCGCAAUACAAUCGUGCAGCGUCAGGUGCUCGAAGGUGUUCAUGCCAUUAUUGACUUAGACCAGAAAUCCCGUGACUCGGGAUUGAUAUCACUGCAACUGUUCAUCCGCAACUCAGGCACGGGGAGCAAUAUCCGAUUUGAGAGUUACAACUCGCUGAACCCGGAACUGGCGGGUGGGCUGGUCAUGAGGGAGAAGACGAGAGUCGUGCAUGCUCCUCCACCACCUCCACCGCCCCAUGUCGCGGCAUAUCCUCCAACUUACCAGCCUCCUCCUGUUGCUGCUCCCACUGCUCCUUAUCAGAGUCCCAUUGUUCCACCGCCUGCCACCGGAUAUCAGAGCUAUCCUCCAGCGUCAUCCAUUCCACAAGCUGCUCCUGCUCCUCCUGCUACGCCUAUUGAUAAUGAUUAUUUGAGGUCUCUGUUGACCGGUCUCCAAACCCAGCAGCAGUCGCAACAGCAGACUACUGCUACCAGGGCACCUGCUCCACAGAUUGAUAUCAAUGCGUUGCUUGGGUCUUUGCAGGGUGGUGUACCGCAGCAAGCACCACCGCAACAGUAUGGGGUGCCACAACCACCACAGUACCAGGGAGCAGCAGGGUACUACGGCGGUGGGCAGAAUGCGGUUGCACCGACGCCGGUGGCAUUGGGGAACAAUGCGCAUAUUCAGAACAUUAUGGAGAAUCUCAAGAGGGCUUCGGGGAGUAAGUAGGGUUGUGUUGCUGCGAAGGGGGGGAGGGGCUCAAACUCUGUUGAUGAUGGGUAUACUGUAGCGAUCAGCGUAAUGAAUACA